AAAAUAUAGAGCGUUGACAGAGAGCAGUGAACCGAAAAUCUGGAGGAGAUCGAGAGCGACUAAUAUUAUUGAUGACGGUGUGUGGUUUUAGACUUGUACAGUGAGAUCUUACAUAUUUCUGAUUGAUGAUGUUAUACUAUUUUCUUUCUGGUGAAGUAUUCUAGGUUUUCCAUUGCGUUGAAGAAAUCUAACUAUAAAAAGUCUUUUCUGAUUGAAAGUUGGGAUUAACGGCUUGAGUUCAAGCUAUCAUAUCAUCUAAGAGACUGAGCAAGAAAACCUUGGGCUUGAGUAAAUCGGUCUGGAGCUUAUCCAUUGACAGAGGUUGGUGGUCCACCCACUUCAUUAACAUUAGUCCAUUUAAAAGCAAGUUCGCUGAGCAUAAUUAGUUGAAAUGGUACAUAUUGCACGUACCGUGUGAUAUAAUCUUGGAACUGAAGAUAACUGGUGACCGGAGGAUUAGUUGAUUUGUGAGACUACAGCAAAUUGGAGUCUCAACUUUGGGCUGCCAUUAAUUUCCCGUGUUGGAGAAACGAAGUGUUAAUAGGGCUGGCAAUGGCGGGAGUGGAUCUGAUCUAGUUUAUUGAGGGAGUGCUACAAAUGGGGGGAGGAGGAACACUCGUGGAUGGGGUUUGUCGUUGGUUUCAACGUCGAUCCUCUUCUUCAACAUCUUCCUCUUCCACGUCUCAUCGCAAACUGAACACAGACGACAACAAGAAUGAUGACAACGAAGAAACCAGACAAAUAACAUUACCGGCAACAGUUCCAGAAGAAGACGAACAACAACAGGAGGAGCUCACGAUAAUUGAAGACUUUGACCUUUCUGGUUUGAAGUCCAUCAAAGUCCCUAAACGACAAAACUGGAUCGCCACUUUUGACUCUCAAAAUAAGAAAGUCACGGUGGACACAGAGUUCUUCACCGAGUAUGGUGAGGCAAGUCGCUACCAAAUCCAGGAAGUCAUUGGAAAAGGAAGUUAUGGCAUUGUUGGGUCUGCAGUCGACACCCACACUGGUGAGAAGGUAGCAAUUAAGAAGAUAAAUGAUGUAUUUGGACAUGUUUCUGAUGCUAUGCGCAUUCUAAGGGAAAUCAAGCUUCUUCGGCUGCUACGGCAUCCAGAUGUUGUUGAAAUAAAGCAUAUAAUGCUUCCUCCAUCUCGAAGAGAAUUCAAAGAUAUUUAUGUUGUAUUUGAGUUGAUGGAGUCUGACCUCCACCAAGUAAUUAAAGUGAAUGACGAUCUUACUCGCGAACACCAUCAGUUCUUUCUGUUCCAGCUUCUUAGAGCGUUAAAAUAUAUACAUACAGCAAAUGUGUUUCAUCGUGAUAUAAAGCCAAAAAACAUUCUUGUGAACGCGGAUUGCAAGCUGAAGAUUUGUGAUUUCGGGCUUGCUCGUGUGUCAUUUAAUGAUGCCCCAUCAGCUAUAUUCUGGACAGAUUAUGUGGCAACCCGAUGGUAUCGUGCUCCUGAACUCUGUGGCUCUUUUUUCUCAAAAUACACCCCUGCGAUUGACAUUUGGAGCAUAGGAUGCAUAUUUGCAGAAAUGCUUUCAGGGAAGCCACUGUUUCCUGGGAAGAAUGUGGUGCAUCAAUUGGAUCUUAUGACCGAUCUGCUUGGUACACCUUCAACCGAAUCCAUUACAAGAAUUCGAAACGAAAAGGCUAGAAGAUAUCUAAGUAAUAUGAGGAAGAAAACACCACUCCCUUUCUCGCAGAAGUUUCCUGAUGCAGAUCCGCUGGCUCUUCAAUUACUUGAGCGGUUACUCGCUUUUGAUCCAAAAGAUCGUCCAUCAGCUGAAGAUGCACUAACUGACCCGUACUUUCAUGGUUUGUCAACUGCGGACCGUGAAUCAUCAGCACACCCCAUUUCGAAGCUUGAGUUCGAAUUUGAGAAAAGGAAAUUAGCAAAAGAGGAUGUUAGGGAGUUGAUCUAUCGAGAGAUACUCGAGUACCAUCCGCAGAUGUUGCAGGAGUAUCUUCAUGGUGCAGAUCAGGCUAGCUUCAUGUACCCUAGUGGAGUUGAUAGGUUUAAAAGACAAUUUGCACAUCUCGAGGAGAAUUAUGGCAGAGGAGAAAAGGGCACCCCGCCAUUACAUAGAAAGCAUGACUCCUUGCCAAGAGAGCGGGUCUGUGCACCCAAAGAUGAAACUGCAUACCUAAAAAAUGGGUUUGAAAAGCAUAGUGCAGUUUUAGUUCCAUCAACUCUCGAAAAUCUCCCGAGAUCACAGCUAGAAGACGGAUGUGGUGAUGGAAAAAUGGAUGCAUCGCUGAUACAGAAUGGCCCAAGCAAGGGAAAUUACAGUCCUAACAGCUUUUUAAAGAGUGCGAGUAUCAGUGGCUCACAGUGUGUAGUUGUUAAAGGAACGAAAGAUGAGGAAGAAUCAAUUAUGGAGCAGAAUGGUGAGGUGGUGGAUGAGUUGUCUACUAAGCUAAGAGCACUUUAAGUUUGAUAGAAAAUGGGUAGUAGCUUCCACUUUCAGGGUUUUUUCUUUACUUCUGUCUGUAUCCAUGUCUCUACUCUGUGUGAUUGCUGUGUCUCUGCUAUCUCGAUUCAUGAUGCUUAUGUUGUUUGUAUAUUGUUCUUGUUUUUGCGAGCAACAGCAAAUAGCAGAAAUCUCUUUACCUUUUUCAUUGGUUGCUUAUAGCAUUCUAAACUUUGUUGUGUUAUUUAUUGCCGCUAUCAGUUUUGGAGAAAAAAUUGCCGGUGCACUUGGACACGCCUUGAUUUUCUGUAGUUAUCACUUCAUAUUACUAUGCUUACAAUUGUUUAUUCUUAAAAGUUGCUGCA